CAGUCUGAGCGCAGCUGUGAGAGAAGGACGUCUGCCAUUGUGUCUCCAGACCUGCUGAUAUGUUGUUUGCUGGGAUCAUGGAGUCUCGCAGGCUGAACGGCUCACCGGACGUCAGGCUGCAGCGGGGAUACUUGCACCAGCAGAGCCCGAGGGGUAGCAUGGACAACCUGUUUGGAGUUCGGGUUCAAGUUCAAGGAAUUAAAGGUCAACCGUUUGUGGUGUUGAACACUCCUGGUCAAGAGAGCCACAGGGACAUAUCUGUGAUCACCCACCAGGCUGGCUACAACCCAGGCAUGGUCAGGAGGUCUGUGGAGGACUUACCCUCUCAGAGGACUGAGAACUCAUCUGUGCUACAUUACCAGAAACACCCAGAGAUCCUGAAACCUUAUGACCCUGAAAGCAAUAACCUCAACCAUGUUCUUUCUUUAGCCAACGAACAAGCUCAAAACCACAACAACACUCCAACAGCCAAACCCAGGAUCCCACUACCCGCUUGGGGAUCCACAGAAGACCAGCCCGCGCUAGCUCUGGACUGGGGCUCUUCUGUGGAGAGCCAGACCCCUGCAAGAUCCCCCAACUCAGUGGACACAGAGUCUUUCUUGUCUGUUGGCAAGUUGAUUAAUCAGUUUAACAGCACCCAGCGGAGGGGAAGAGCUCCGCCGCGACACAGAAUCGACUCGGAGGAUUCCAGAAGGUCACGCAGUGUGGACAGCAGACGAACAUCAGAGUCGUCUUCCUCGGCUUCAAGCAGGGCCUCAUCUCUGAAAGGCACCAGCAACAGGAGCCCUGCUGAGAUAUAUCCUCCUGGUUCAGCCAGGGCACGGCUGUUCGGUGGAGAAGCCACUUUUCCUGUCACAAUGGGUGGCGGUAAUUCUACCAGUCUGCCAAAAACAAAGCCUGGGAAUAUUUCUUCAAAAGACAUCAUCCUACUCCAAAAGACCAAGGUGGCAUCUGUCACCCUUUCAGAUGGAAGCGAUGAGAGAGAUGCACAGGUUACUCCUGAUCUUCUGAAAGGACAGCAGGAAAUGUCAGCAGAUCCACCAGAAGACGCGACUAAACAAAUACUCUUCACUUACCUCAAAGAAGGGUCGAAUGACGAUGACUCCACUGUUGAGAGGAAGGUUAAUCUACUGCUGGAGAGGAUCAACAAGCUCAAGUGGAAAACUGCUGAGAAGGUGGAAGAAGAGGAGGAAGAGCUCGUAGCACGAGCAGUGCAGCUGCAGGAGAAACAUGCUUCGCUGGAAAAAGAAGUGUCAGACUUAAAGCAAAAACUGGAGACAGAGAUGAAGAAUGAAAAGACUCUGGCUAAAGCCUGUGAAAAAGCCCGGACUGAGAAGAAGAAGCUGCAGGAGGAGUUAGCCAAGAGUCAGAUUGAACUCGGCAAACUUAGAGACAAGCUGGCUGAGAUAGAGGCAGAGCUUCAGACCACCAGGCAGGAGCUGCUGAAGAUGAAGACAGAGAGAGAGAGAUCAAAGACAGAGAUGAAGGACCUUCAGCAGCAGCUCUCAGAGAUGCACGAUGAACUGGACCAAGCCAAAAGAAAUGAAGUGAUCAAUACAGAAAAAGAAGUUCUCCUGAAGGAUAUUGCCCAGUUGCGGGCUGAGUAUCAGGAGAUGAUGCAGAUGAAGGAAGAGCAUGAAGAGGUGGUCCAGCACCAGGACAGGGAGCUCAGUGCCCUAAAGGGGGCGCUCAAAGAAGAACUGGUGACCCAUGAUAAAUACAUGUCUGCUCUUAAAGAAGAAUAUGAAGUGGAGCUGCAGAACGUCUUCAAGGAUUUACAGUUGCUAAAAGAGAGCAAUGCAUUGAUCGAUCAGGAGAAUCAGGAGGCCCAAAAGGAGCGAGGUGCUGCUAGGGUGCAGCUGAAGGAGCUGAGUCAGGAGAGGGAUCAGCUGAAAGGACGAGUGCAGGAGCUGAACAACAAGGUGGAUCAGCUGAACCACAAAAUUCAGGAGUCUAAAUCCACAGAGAGGCAGCUGGAGCAGAGAGCCAGGCAGCUGGAGAGGGAAAAGCAGCAUGUUGAGGAAGUGUUACAGGAAGUGCGGAGGAAUGAAGAGGAAAUGUGUCAGUCAAACCAGUCGCUGCUGACACGAUUAGAGGAAGUGCAGAGCAAGUUAUCUAAACUCAACCAUGAGCAAAAGGAGCUGAAAGAAAAGCUGAGAGAGGAGAGGCAACAAGUGGAAGAGCUGUGGAAGACGAAAACCGAGCUGGAGGAUGAGAGGCGGCAGCAGGACCAAACUGUGGAGAAACUUCAGCGGAAGAUGAACAGUAUCUUGGAGGACUGCGAGGCGUCAACGGACGUACUCCAGCGUCAGGUCGACGAGGCCAAAGAGAGGAGUCACAGGGAGUUGGCUGAACUGAGGAGGCAGCUGCAGGAAAAGGGAGCAGAACUGGAGAAAUCCCGACUUGCGGCCAAAAAACUGCAGGAUGAGUUGCUUCCUCUGGAGGAGAAUCUGCGACAGAGUCGCAGAGAGCAUCAGGAGGCCCAGCAGAAGGGUCGUCAGUUGGAGCAGCGGGUGCACGAGCUGGAGGAGAGGAACCUGGCCACGGUGGACGAUAGAGAACGACACAUUAAACUGAUGGAGGAGCGGAUCGGUCAGUUGGAGGAAGAUCUCAGCGAUGAGCGAGGCGGUGCCGAUCGCAUGAUGGAGCGAUUAGACAAAAGCAAGGAGCAGAUGGAUCAGAUGAGGAGUGAGUUGAUGCAGGAGAGAGCAGCAAGUCAGAGUCUGGAGUGCGACAAGAUCAGUCUGGAGAGACAGAAUAAAGACCUGAAGAGCAGAGUGGCAGACCUGGAAGGAUCACAGAAAACAAACCACGACUCUCUCAUCUCUAAACUCAACACUCGGAUCCAGGAACUGGAAGAACGGUUACAGGGAGAGGAAAGGGACAACAACAACCUACUACAAGCAAACCGGCGGCUGGAACGCAAGGUGAAGGAGAUAAAGCUGCAGUCGGAUGAGGAGCUGGUGAACCUGCUGACCCAGAGAGAUCAGCUGACUCAGAGGCUGAAGACGGCCAAGCGGCAGAUGGACCAGGCGGAGGAGGAGAUCGAGCGGCUUGAACACACCAAGAAGAAGCUGCAGAGGGACCUGGAUGAGCAGCUGGAAGCCAACGAGCAGCUUCACGGCCAGAUCAGCGUUCUUCGCAAUGACAUGAGACGCAGGAAGAAGCCGAGUUCUCUCGUCAAAGUUGUGGAGGAGGACGAAAACGGGCUGGAUGACUUGGCGUCGGACUGACUUGGAGGAACGCCGGACUCUUGGGUGCUCAGUUUUAACUACUAAACAACAGUGUUGACUUGAUUU